AUCAGAAUUGUUCAAGCAUCGACCAGGAUUAACGAUCAGAUCAUGGGUUCCUCUUUUCGAGCAUUUUUAAAUAGUCCAGUUGGUCCCAAAACAACACACUUCUGGGGACCUGUUGCUAAUUGGGGAUUUGUGGCUGCUGGAUUGGCGGACAUGAAAAAACCUCCAGAAAUGAUCUCUGGCAACAUGACAGCAGUGAUGUGUGUGUACUCAGCAUUAUUCAUGAGAUUUGCAUGGAUGGUAAAACCAAGAAACUAUCUGCUUCUUGCUUGCCAUGCUUCCAAUGAGGCUGUACUAUAUGUCUACAAUAUUAUUGUCCUAGUAGUAUUAAAAUAA